GUCAGACGUGACUGCUUCGUGUCGCGUCGCUCUUCCCCCUCUCUCUCUCCCCUCUCCCUGGUCACUGGCACGUGCUCCCCUUCCCUCCAUCCCCAGCGCGUGUGUUCUCGCGAGUGUUCCUCGUCGCUCACGGUCGCGUAACACGUGAAUAGCAGACAUAACUUCAGAAGUUGCACCACAGACCAUCCACUGCAACUCGCAAAAGCAAGAAACACGAGUGAGAAAGUUAACAAGGAAAACACGUACGAGAUGUGAAAGAAGAAGUGAAACAAAGAGAAGAACAUAAGAACAAGUAAGAGAGCGAGAGAGAGAGAGAGAGAGCACAAGGACUAGAGAGAGAGCGCCUACAUGUUCUCACAGAACAGGGAACUCUCACAAUAACUACAACAGCUAUCAUAAGCAAGCUGCAUAUUUUUGUACUUUAUUACUUAUAAUCAAAAUACCGACAUAUCUCAGUCUGCCUUACCACACUCUCUCAUGAGAGCCAGCCACAGCAUCAACACCUUCGAGCUGAGAGUGCGGGAUGCUGAGGGUCUCAGAGACUCUCUGCUAGCUAUAAGUUUACAGUGGCUGGAAGUUCGAUAAUGUUCUCAAUAUAUAUACACUUGCAGAUGCCUGAAAUUUGAUGGGAUGCGAGCAGCGUGUAGUGGGAGUCGACACCCGUCCCGGCUCGCCAGACAGGUUUCUUGACCCGGCUCACGUGACGCAAUCUUAACCAACCACACGCUAGCAGCCCUCUUCAGUGUUCAGUAGCAGCUCCUAUCAGUGAUCAGGGCCAACCAUCAGUGUUGAGGUCAACCAAUAGUCGUGUUAGGGAGCGUCUACCCGCUAGAGACUCGAGCAGCAUCAGUGCACAACCUGAGCUCCGACACACCUAAAAUUCUCCCAAUGUUUAGAGAAGCAGAGAAGCUGUAAAGUCGGCAGUGACUAUAGCCGCCACAGAAAAACUGUUCUAAGGAAAGUUAACUAUUUCACAACAGGUCAGGGCCACAAACUGCAGUGUUGGCAGCUUAGUGUAGCAGUGAGAGGUGUGGUGGUGCGUGGGGGCACAUAUGGUCCCCAGAGGGCACCCGUGGAUGAUGGCCGUCCCUCAGCCGCUAGAAGAGCCUCCCCGCGUGACAAGAGGAGAGCGAAGCAUCUCUCCUGAAGGAAGACUCGACUUUACCCACACUACCGAGGUCCCUGCGCGGGCGGCCAGGGGCGUGUGUGGACCCCAGGGGAUGCGAAGGGCGUGGUGCUGGAGGCGGCAGAUGGUGUGGGCGCUCCUGGCCCUCUCCUGCGGCCUCUCCCUCCCUCUCGUCUCCACCAUGCCAGGUGCUGUGCCGCUGGAGAAGCACCCAGACAGCAGCCCCAAUACCAACAGCACUUGCAUACACGGGUUCCUUGAUGAAGACUUGAGGUGCAUCUGUGACCCCUGUUGGGACGGGCCGUCCUGCAGUAGCUACGUUGAUUACUACUCUCCGCGGUUCCUGGUCCACGCCGCCACCGCUGUCCUCCCGGUCAACGCCACAGGUGUGGUGUACCGGGCGUGGAGCACAGACGAGGACCUGGGGCUCACCUGCCCGCUGGGGCCAGGUGACUCUGCCCGCUGCCCCUGCGCCUCCGUCACCUACCAGCUGUUCGCACCUCCUGGUGACCAUCACUUCCUGCUGGACCCCGUCUCUGGUAUCCUCACCAGGAACACCAACACCUCCCUUCAUCCUGGUACUACUUACACCUACAAGCUGAUGGUACAAGGCACCCCACUCCCAGGCCAGAUGGAGGACCUCCUCUACGACCUGCUGGACCUGCGGGUCUACGUCAGCGCCGACUACGUCAAGAAGAUCCCCUGGACAUAAUGACCUCCCUAACAGCCCGCUUAUCUCAAAGGACACGGCCGGGAUGCCCGCCCUGGCAUGAAGACAUACCAGUGCCACCUUCAGCACCAGGGACGGUGUGUCGGGGGAGCUGAUGGUCACUCCACCAUCACCACCACCAUCACGUCCACCAUCACCACCACCAUCACGUCCAGCAUCACCACCAGGGCAGGAGGAAGGCAGGGCGGGGCGGCAGCUGGUGGCCGCCACACUGUACAGGCAGAGCACUCUGGCGUAAUAGAUACAUUGUAGUUUGAGAUACUCUUCAGUAAAUUGGUGUGUGUUUUGUAUCAUAUUUUCACAUAUGCAUAUCUAUUUUCGCUUGGAGGAGUGGUCAGUGGGAGGUGUGUGUUUGUGUAAGAGUAUGCUUGAGCGCGUGUGUGUGUUUGUCUGAGAGAAUUGCUGAG